AUGUCUAAUCCACUCGCCCACGCAAAGAUUGCCCUCCGUCGCUCUAGCGAACGCGGAUAUGCCGAACACGGCGGCUGGUUGAAAUCUUUCCACACAUUUAGUUUCGCCGGCUACAUGGAUCACCGUUUUAUGAAUUUUGGAUCAUUGCGCGUUCUUAAUGAGGAUCGCGUCGCUGCUCGGAAUGGUUUCCCGACUCAUCCUCAUCGCGAUGCCGAAAUCUUCAGUUACAUUCUAAACGGUGAACUUACCCACCGAGAUAGUAUGGUUCAAAAGGGCGCAGAAGGUACACAAGGGAAAUCAUUUUAUAGAAUGCAUCGUGGAGAUGUCCAAUUUACCACGGGCGGAACUGGUAUUGCUCACUCAGAACAGAAUGAAUCCAACAAACCUGUUCAUUUCCUUCAAAUCUGGGCGCUUCCCUGGAAAAAUGGUCUGAAGCCAAAUUAUCACACUAUGACUUUCAGCGAGGAAGCGAAGAGACAGGGCUUUGUUCCCAUCUUGUCUCCUCUUGCUGCUGGCCCUGAGGCUACACCUGCAGAAGAAGAUGCCGCUGUACCGAAGAUCCCGGAGACGAUUCCCAUUCAUGCCGACUUUGUGAUGGGAGCGGGUAUCAUUACCCCGUCCAUAACGUUCAAGUGGAAUGUUGGUGCUGGCGAGGUUGUCGAGGCUAAGAAGAAACGAAAUGUAUACAUUCAUGUGCCCAUGACGAAGCAGGGGAAGUCAAAGGUCAAACUUGACGGUCGCGAAGAUGCUAUUUUGGAAGAGGGAGAUGGUGCGUUUAUCUCCAUGGUGAAUGCUGGUGAUUUGCUUCAGGUCGAAAGCAUUGGAGAAGCAGAAGCGGAAGUUAUUGUGCUCGAUAGCAAUUAG